GUCGACGGGCGCACUCAAAGCAGCUGAAGCUUAAGCCACUCGCGUCGCGAUUGAGCCAUUCCACGAUCGAGUGCUGAGACGAUCACAUCGCGGUGGGCUGCCACUUGUACACACAUUUCUUAUUGUUGUUUGCACACCACACGAUUUUUGAGCAGGAAAAAAGCGGCCCCAAAGGAAGGAGGCAUACCAAGAUACAAAGCUCCAAAGUGUGGAUAGGAAGAGAAAAGAUCCACUUUGAGCUGUCUUCGUGGUCAAAGAGUUGCUUGGUAGCUGGCAAAAAAGUGAAAAUAUCAGUGAUUUUUCCAUCUUACGCGAGUGCUCUGUGAUUACCUUCACCAUAUAUAUCGUAUUUGCGACUUAAAUGCGGAAAUUUGAGCACUGAGACACUUGAUUGGGGAUUAUAAGCGCUCAAGAGUGGUUUUUGCAGAGACAAAAAAGUGAAAUUGUGCACCCAAGGAAAAGGCCAAGAGAGGAAAAAAAUAUUGUGUGAUCGCGUGUGUGCUCUUCCUCUUCAUCUCAUAAUUUAUUUUACCUUAUUUAGUUCUUCUUUUCCUUCAACUGUCUCACCUACUUGUAAAUAGGAUAUUUGAAACCAAAAUGAAGCAAUUAGUAGUAUUAGUGAGUGUACUGGUCGUAGUUGCAGCACUUCCUGUUCCAUCGGAGGAACAGCCAAAAACAUCACUAGACCUUCUGCAAAUUCCACUACAGAAUGGCAAGGAACUCGACAUUUUGUCACUCGCCGAUGGGGAUGGCAAAUUGAGCGAAAGGAAUAAGAGGACAAUUGAUAUUUUACGGCAACUUUUCCCCACUAUCUCACAGAUAAUCGAGCAGAAGAUCCAGAUGAUCCUACCGGUGUUGAUUCGCACAGUGGGCCCCAUUCUGCUGCGCGGCGGUUUGGGCGGUAGUUCCGGCGGCGGUGGCGGCACACAGACCAAUGACGACGACGAGGUGGAGACGAACAGUGGCGAUCGCAAGGUUAGCGUAUCGCUGCCUGUUUUCGAACCCGGCUCAGACGAUGACGACGAGGACGAUGACUUUGUGGACAACAGUGCCUCCCCCGGCACCCCCUCGUCGACCAUUGAGCCGGAAAAGACCAUCAGCCUCCGGACGCGAAUUGAUGGCGUUGAGGCCGAUGGUGAUGAUGAGGUUGACGCAACGGCGGCACCUACAGUCGUUGCUGCGGGUGCCGUAGAUGCUACGGCGUCUGCCACAACGGCACAAUCUGAUAAUCAAAAUUUGUUACUAACAUGUGGAUCAUUUCCAUUUGUCUCACUCUCCAUCCAGGUCGCGGGGAAAGAUGCCGACAAUUCAUUGGACGCAAAUGCGAUCAAUGAACAGUUGGAGACGAUACGGGUGGUUCGCGAGGCGGUAGCGGCCGCUACAGCGGCAAAGGAUCGCCAGGAGAUCACACAGCAGGAGGAGCAGGGGGUCAGCAAGCUCGAGGGGGGAGACCAGAGCCCAGCGGAGUCGCAGUCUCCAGCCGUCGAUGACUUGUCCCUGGAUAAUGAAGCGGACGAUGAGAACAGAAACAAAAGGUUCCUUCCCUUUGGAUUCAGCAGCUCUUCCGGAGGUAGUGGUGGCUCUGGAGGUGGAUCUGGAAACUUCCUUUUCGACAUUAUUCGUCAAACAGCAGAUCGUGCUGCCCGUGCUGCUGGAACCGUUUACCGGGUAGUAGCUGGAACUGAAUCACUCGGUGUCAACAUUUCCGCCUCUCACAAAGCGACUGUGCCCUUAACAGACGGGACAUCUCUUGGACUGAGUCCUUCGCUUUUCGCCGGAAGUUCGGGCACACAGGAACAAGAUGAGCGCGCCAAUGCACCCGAUGGUAGUGUAACAAGUGGCGAUGGAUACACCGAAGGCAUCCCUGGGCCAGUUACACGGCUCUUUGUACUCGGAAAUCGAGGACUCUCGAAUCUCAUUCAAGAUUUAAUUUUGCGCAUCGCUCGGACAAGUGAGCGACUCGUCAACUUCAAGGCUCGCCUCAUUACAUCGCUUAUCUAAAGGACAUUUCGUGCGCGCUCAUCUCACAUCCUCACGCCACCCUCAGAAAAAAAAAACGACUCUGCCAAUUGGAAAUACUCAACCACACAUCCUGCUGCAGGAGCUUUCAUCUUUCCUCGGGCUUUCGUUUUCUCGCUGCACUCCCCCGUCUUGCUUUUGCCUAUGCUCCAAAGCUCUCCUUCUCUUGCUGCUUUUUAUUUAUAUACAAAAGCUCUUAAAUUCACUGUAGAAGGAUUUUUCUUUUAUUUUGGUGGUUGGUGGCUUUCUUUUUGGUAAUUAAUGCAUCUUCUUUCACGAUAAUUUAUACUUUCUGCUUUUAGGAAAAUUCUUGACAUUCAUUUCUCUCUCUCCUUUGAUCAUUAUCAAAUUAGUUAAAAAUCUAUCACUCACCCUUCUAUCUAUCAGCUAUCACUGCACCUUAUCUAGGAGUUUUUUAUGUAUGUUUAUGUAGCCAACUUACCUCUGUUCAAUGUUGACUGUGGUAAUUUUUAGUGUUUGAUUUAUCCCCUUGAACUGUUUCAUCCGUAAACUGCCGCCCGAAGUAUAAAA